AUGCCUGCACAUACUGCAAAAACAAGCCCUGAAGAGCGGAAGCGAGGCGAAAUCGCCCUGAGCGAGUUCGCCGAGUAUGCCGAGAAGCAGCAAACCCAUCGCUCGGCUGUCGCGGUACCCAGCGACAGUGGCUAUGAUACCGGAAGCGUCGCACCUAGCUUGGAAGAUCAUGCCGAACUCGACAUUUUGGAUCAGCUAUGCCUGUCCGACACCCCUCGCACUGUGAAGAUGAAAGAGCUUCUGCUGGGGACCGGAGAAGGCACUGAGAACAGUCUGCAGUUACUAGCUGCGACAAUACAAGCGCGUACCGACGAAGGCCUUGGCGAAGCUAUUUUCGAUCUUGGUCUCGAGGAUGGCGGUGAUUCGAUGGGCUUCGACCUCUCUCAAUGGGAGACAGCUUUACAGCGGCUGCGCGAAGCUGCUGAAACUAUCCCCGCCCACUGCCGGAUACUUUUAACCUACAAUGUUGGCGGCCCUCAGGAAUGCCCAGAGAAGGCUGAGCGGCCUAAAGAUGUGUGUGGCAAAGUGCUCAUUCGUCAGCAUGCUGUCAACAUCGAGGAGAUGGCGGAGAUUCGGAUGGCGGUGGUGGGUAAUGUCGACGCAGGAAAGAGUACUAUGCUUGGUGUUCUAGUUAAAGGCAAUCUCGAUGAUGGUCGUGGUCGCGCACGGCUCAACCUUUUCCGUCAUAAGCACGAAAUAGAGAGCGGGCGUACCAGCUCUGUUGGAUUAGAGAUCAUGGGAUUUGACAGCCACGGCGAGAUAGUCUCCAACUCCGCAGGCCGAAAGCUGUCUUGGGAGGAAAUCGGGAAAAAGUCGGCCAAGGUAAUAUCCUUCUCUGAUCUUGCAGGACACGAGCGCUACCUGCGGACAACCGUUUUCGGCAUGCUGAGCAGCAGCCCCAACUACUGUUUGCUGAUGGUCGCUGCCAACAAUGGUCUGAUUGGUAUGAGUCGUGAGCAUUUGGGCAUAGCCCUCGCCCUCAAUGUUCCUGUUAUGGUUAUUGUCACUAAAAUCGACAUUUGCCCGCCUCAAAUCCUCCAGGAGACUCUGUCUCAGUUGGGGAAGAUUCUCAAAUCGCCGGGUGCGCGUAAGAUCCCCGUUUUCGUCAAGGAUAUGGAAGAGACCAUCAAUACGGCUGGUCAAUUCGUCAGUCAGCGAAUCUGUCCUAUUUUCCAAGUCUCCAAUGUGACUGGUGAAAACCUGGAUCUGGUGCGAACUUUCCUGAAUAUUCUCCCACACCGGGGUCACUAUGACCACGAUGGACCAUUUGAAUUCCUUAUCAACGACACGUUCUCUGUUCCACAUGUGGGCACCGUGGUCUCUGGUGUAGUCAAAUCAGGUGUGAUCCACGCUGGUGACUCGGUCGUGGUUGGGCCGGACUCCUUAGGCCAGUUCACCACGACUGUUAUUAAGAGUAUUGAACGCAAGAGGAUACCAGUCAAUGCUUGCUUCGCGGGUCAAUCGGGAUCUUUCGCAUUGAAGCGUGUUCGUCGUAAGGAAGUACGCAAGGGUAUGGUCGUUCUAAAGAAAACGGAACAGACGCCCAAGGUUUACCGGGAGUUUGUAGCUGAAGUGCUGAUUUUGUCCCACGCCACUACUAUUAAGCCAAAGUACCAGGCCAUGUUACACGUUGGAGCCGUCAGCCAAACAUGCUCGGUCAUUGACAUUGACCGCCCUUUCAUCCGAACAGGCGAUCGUGCUCUCGUCGCCUUUCGAUUUAUCCAGCGACCGGAAUUUUUGGCCCCCGGUGACCGUGUACUUUUCCGAGAAGGCAAGACGAAAGGGUUGGGUAUCGUGAAAAGCAUCGGUUACGACCCAAAUCAGCCACUCAGUGCCAAGCCGCAAGGUGACGCAGAUACCCCGAAACCUAUGAUAAAGACAUGA